AUGAAAGUAAAGAAUUUGGAGAUUUCUAACCAAUUUAAUCACUUUCUUCUGUUAAUUAAAACAAAUAAAAAAACCAAUUAGAGAUUAAAAAUCAAAAUUAAUCAUAACUAUAUAACUGCAUUAAUAAUGUAAUCAUCAAUUUAUGUUCAAGAAGAUCUUAAAUUAGCAAUGAAUAUGACUAUGCUCUUUUAAAUAUAUUAAAUUAAAUUCCAAUCAUUAGUUUCAAAUAUAAACUAUUUAAAUAUGAAAGAAACAACUUAAAGGGACAAUUAUCCUAUUUCAUAAAAACAAACGUUGUUGUUCCUUUUGUGUGUGACGAUAUCAAAAACCUAUAGCCAAAGUCUUUAAAGCUCGAAAUAAAAUCUUUAAAUAAUGAUUGGUAAGGAUUUGAAAAAUUAAUGUAGACUAUUUAAAAAUCUUCUCAAACAAUUCAUAAAUUAGACAUCAAUCUUUCAGAAUUUAUUGGACCAAAGAAUGCUAAUGAUAUUGAAAAAAUUUUCAGAAAUACAUUGUAAUCUCUUCCUCAAUUGA